AUGCUCCUCAUCACUCAAACACUCGGAGGAGUAGCACACAAUAUCGCGAAAGCCUCUCACCUGCUAGGCUCCUUUGUCCAUCUCCACAGUGCCGUUGGCGACGACCUGAGUGGCCGCGCAGCCCUGAGCCAGCUGCAAUCGGAAGGCAUGCUAACGACCGGUAUCAAAACUCUCCCAGCCCCAUCCCGAACAGCCCAAUACGUCGCCAUCAACAACACGAACAAAGACCUCGCCCUCGCCAUGGCAGACAUGUCAAUCCUAGAAACCAUCCCCAUCGAUACAAUCCAAGAACGCGCGACCAGCAUCUUCAACACCACCUCCCCCCGCCCCAAAGCCUUCGUCACAGAUGCAAACUGGUCGUCACCCGCUCUACACACCUGGCUGCAAGCAGCCCGUCAUCCCGACACAACCACGAUCUUCGAGCCUGUCUCUACGGCAAAGGCGCUGCGUAUAUUCCCUAACACCUCUACCUCCAGUACCACGGCUGCACAAUCCAUCUACCCCACCCCCCUCGUCGACAUCAUAACACCAAACACCUACGAACUCACCGCUCUCCACGACUUCGCCAGCCAGUCUUCUCUCUUCGAGUCACCGGAGUGGUUUGGUGUGAUUGAUGCAUUGGGUAUACCCAAUGGCGGCUUACGCGUCCCGCUAGCAGUUACCUUGGGCGGUGAGUUGGUGGAUCAAGGUAUCCCGCAACAAACCAUCAAAUUCCUCCCUUUCUUCCCUACUAUCCUGACGAAAUUGGGGAGCAAAGGCGUGUUGAUGACGAAACUGCUGGCUGCUGACGCCGAGGAACUGCAUGAUGAGAAGGAGAGGCAGUAUGUACUUGCUAGGAACCUUUCGUCUUCUGAUUCAGAUGGGAAUGGGAAAGGAAAGGUUGGAGGUCUAUACAUAAGAUUGUUUCCGGUGGAGAAGGUACUAGAGCCCAGUGAGGUGGUUAGUGUGAAUGGAAUUGGCGAUACGUUUUGUGGGGCGAUUGCGCAUGGACUCGGGAGGGGGUUGAAGGUUAAAGAUGUUGUUGGGUUUGCGCAGAGGGCUGCGGGGGAGAGUUUGAGGAGUAAGGAGGCGGUUGGGGAGGGGCUGAGGGGGCUGAAGCUGUAA